AUGGAUGAGAAAAUGAAUGGAAAGACGAUGGAGAUACACAGUAACAUAACAACCGUUCAUGGUGUAAAUAAUCUUCGUAAAAAGCAGCGCAAUCACAACGUCUGGUGCGCUCUGAUGUUAGCUAAUGUCAUAAUAACAGUCGCUUACCUGAUCAUUAUUAAAAACAAAUAUAACAACGACCACAUUGUAACUCGAAUAAACGCUAAUUGCAAAAUAAAUCAAGUGCCGUUCCCUUCAGUAACCAUUUGCAAUGUAAAUUUGGUUUCAAACAAACGAUCGAAAACUAUUGCUGAUAUACUAAAAUCAAACAACGUAACCCAAACGGAGGUACAACUCUUCCUACAAAACCUGCCAGAUCUCAAAGAAUAUCGCAAAUUAAAAGCGAACCAAUAUGACUUCUCCAAAGAGUUGGGAAUUUUGAAGCGGCAUUACUUCACCGUGGAGAGCGUUAUGGAAGAGGUGCAUCAAACCUGCGAGGAUUUACUCCUCCACUGCUCCUUCAAUAGAAAGGCCAAAGAUUGCAGCGAAUUGUUCAGAAUGAUCAAAACUUACGAGGGACAUUGCUGCGCUUUCAACUAUGCAGCUUUGAACGACGACACCGUCGACUCUGCAGAUGAUGAUGAUGACAUCGAACGCUACGAUGAUGAAUCAGAGAAUGAACAGAGUAGUAACAUCAUAGUCACUUCAGAGUCGGGAAGGGGAUCCGGUCUCAGUGUGAUACUAAAUGUGGAGCCAGAUGACUAUGGGAAGUGGUCACUAGUGCCUUUUUACGGAGCCAAGAUCCUAGUUUGUGACCCAAACGACUACCCAGAGGUGACAGUGCUUUAUAAAUAUAUCGGCAUUGGCGUGUCUGUGGACAUCAAGGUGGAACCGAUGAUAUUUCAAAGCGACGACGAGAUCCGGCGCAUAGACGUCAAAAAGCGUGGCUGCAUUUUCCACGAUGAGGGUCUGCUGGAGCACACUGACAGAUACUCCACCGAGACCUGCAUUACAGAGUGUAGGAUGAAGAUAUUUUUUACGAACUGUGGAUGUAUUCCGUACAAAUAUCCUAAAGAACGAGAAACUCGCAUCUGUGAAUUCAAAGAUCUGGAAUGCUUGAACAAAUUUAGAGGUAAUAUUCACUGUACUCAAGCAUGCUACAUGGAGUGCCGCGACAAGCGAUACACCAUUACAAGCGACGUCAUGCCGCUCGUCGCUGACUUUUACCCAUAUGACGUCAUUAAUGACCACAACUUGAGCGAAAUAACCACUCUCCAGGUAUACUUCGACAAGUCGACUUGUAACUGCUAUAAACAGAUGCUUCUCAUGGACCUCAGCUAUUUUAUUGCGACUUACGGAGGUAUUUUUUCGCUGAGCUUCGGUGCCUCGCUUCUCACUUGUUUUGAGAUAUUUUAUUUAUUUACUAAGUUUAUGAUGAAGUAUCUUUGGAGAAAAUUAAAGGAAAAUCGGUAA